CGAAAACGUAAACAAUGAUGACGGGAAACUUUUGAAAAUGGAAGGCGACAAAGCAAUAGUACCAAGAUACGCGAACUGCCGGUGGCAAACUGAGGUGGACUAAGCAGAUGGAGGUCCUGCUCAUCGAUAUUUGGCAGGAGAACAUCGAGGAGUUGCGGGGAGCCAGAAAAAUGUCCAUAUAUAAAUGGAGAUGGCCCAGACCCUAAUGGAAGCUGGGUUUCAUGUGUCCUACAAGGACGUCCGAACAAAAAUAGAGAACUUGACCAAAAAGUACAGGCAGGAAAAAAAUAAAAUGGGGCCAAGCGGUGGCGCUCCUUCCUCGUGGCAGCAUUAUGAGUUGGUCCACUCGUUUUUAGGCGCAUACAGCAUCCACAACAUGGAGCAGAACACCUUGGAGAACGAGAAUACUAGGGAAUACUUUGUGGAGCUCUUGGAUGUAGACCCAGAUGACAGGGAAGCCUUUACCUGCAGCGGCAGUCAACGCUCAGGCAGCACUGCGCCCCCUGCUAAGCGCGAAAAGGUGGACCACAAGUCGGAGCUUGUGGAGACAGCUCGAGAAAGAAUGGAGGAGCAGAGAGCGCAGACAGAAAUAUUGUCGAGAAUGGCAGACAGCCAUUCCAAUCGUUAUUUGAUGGAGCUGUUAAGAAAAUCAACGAAUUCCUAAUAAAUUUAUUAUUUUUAAUAAAUAGACCAAAAUGAAAUGUGAUAUUAUAAUUAUAAAAAAAA